UUGAGGUGGGCCGCUACCGAGGCGGGGGCUCCAGGCGCGGAAGCUGAGGGACUUGCUGCGUCUUGGUCGCUGGAGAGGGAGGGCCGCGCUGCACUCGCCGCCCGGCCGGUGCCUGGCUCCUUUGUGCAGACCAACGUCAUGACAGCUGGUUGGCAUAAGUGAGGGACUGGAGGCCACAGCAAUAUAAAACCACCAGAUUACAGAGUUAGGGGGAGGAUGUAAACUCAACAAAGUAAGGACAGAGUCCCUGGACUGUCACGUUCCUUGCCAGGGAGAAGGAGGAGAAAUCCAUCUACUGGGGCCUGAGUGUGGCCUGGGGGACCGGCUCUCGGUCCCAAAAUGCCCCUGCCUGAGCCCAGCAAGCAGGAGGGCGAGAAUGUGAAGGCCGACCAGGAGCUGUCCCCUGAAUUCUCUGAGCCGGGCACAGGUGUCAUCCCUACAGCUCCCAGGAAGCCCAGGAAGUUCUCCAAACUGGUUUUGCUGACAGCCUCCAAAGACAGUGACAAAGUGGCUGCAGCCAAGCGCAAAGGAGUGCACUGCAUCAUGUCUCUGGGGGUGCCCGGCCCUGCCACCCUUGCCAAGGCUCUCCUCAAGAUCCAUCCUGAGGCCCAGCGUGCCAUUGAGGCAGCCCCCCAGGAGCCUGAACAGAAACGCAGAAAGCUGGACACAGAAGGAAAAGAAGACAGAAGGUUGGCAGAGGGGCCUGCCCCCAGUUCCACAGUGGGCGGGGAGGAGUCCUCUGUGGGGCCCAGCAAGGCCCCGUAACCCUGACAACUGCAGGCGCAGCAUCCUUGAUGUGUCAGUGAACUUGGCUGUGACUUCUUCUGCCUGGGCCCAGUCCCCAGCUGAUUUUCACUCUUGACAUUGUGUACUAUUUUUCAGCUCAAGCGCAAGUUACUUUU